AUGGCGGCGCAAGCAGAGCUGAUAGAGCCUCUACUUGUUGCGACGGAACCCGAAAAGGGCGAUGCAGCAUCUGAGACUCAUACAGACCAAGAGUCGGUGCGGAAACAUCGGAAACCACAGGCAUGUGCUGGGGAGGACAGAAGGAUACCCCGCCAUCGACUCUUCUUGGCGUGUGCCUCCAUCCUGACCUUGGUCCUUCUCGCUCCUUUCGUAUGCAGAGCGUUGCCGUUCGGGGACCCUUCGAGAUGGAGUGGUCACUGGUUGAACGCCGCUGAGCGGCCCGAUGGAACCCAGUCUCCGGGAGACCGCUAUCUCAUCGGGGUUGGCAAAGCUGAUAUCACCGGGCCCGUGGUCGAAAUCAACCUGAUGGGCUACGCGGAUCCAAAGCAAGUCGGUACUGGUCUCCGACAGCGACUGUACUCGCGGGCCUUCAUUGUCGGCAGUGUCGAUAAACCCGACGAGAGAUUCGUCUACCUGGUACUGGACACCCAGUCAGGCGACACGGCCGUCCGAUACGGCAUCAUCAACGGCCUCAAAGCGCUUGGUCCGGCGUACGCCGUUUACAACCACCACAACGUUGCCGUGACGGGCACUCACUCGCAUGCCGGGCCUGCCGGUUGGCUGAAUUACUUGCUUCCCCAAAUUACCAGCAAAGGCUUCGAUCACCAAGGCUACCGUGCUAUUGUCGACGGUGCACUGCUCUCGAUUCGUAAGGCUCACGAAAGCCUUCAGCCAGGGUACUUGAGCGUUGGCACCACCAAGGUGCAGGGGGCCAACAUAAACCGCAGCUUAUUUGCAUAUCUUGCCAACCCAGAGCAGGAGCGUGCCAAAUACAAUGUCAGCGCAGAUGACGAUGGCUCCGUAGAGAAAGACCUGACCCUGCUCAAGCUCCAACGGGCAUCGGACAAGAAGAACAUUGGCGUCCUUACCUGGUUUCCCACCCACGGGACCUCGCUACUGGGCAACAACACUCUGAUUGCAGGUGACAAUAAAGGAGUGGCCGCCUAUCUGUUCGAAAAGAACGCCCGCCAGGAUCCUACGGCGGCUGAGAACUUUGUGGCUGGCUUCUCACAAGCGAAUGUCGGUGAUACCAGCCCGAAUGUCCUGGGCGCGUGGUGUGAGGACGGCUCAGGGGAGAUGUGUAGCUUCGAAAACAGUACCUGCAGUGACGGCAGAUCCCAGGCAUGCCACGCCCGCGGGCCGUUCUUCCGGGUUCAAGACAACGGGGCGAGCUCAUGCUUUGAGGUAGGGAAACGACAGUUCGAGCCUGCUCUGGCACUCUACCACGAUCUUCAGCGAAACCCGGUUACUGUGCGAGGCGGGCCGGUCAAGUCGUUUCAUACCUUCCAUGACAUGUCCGGCUUCUCGUUCCUCCUCCCCAACGGCUCAGAAGCCCGCACAUGCCCGGCGGCGCUCGGGUAUUCGUUCGCCGCCGGGACAUCGGACGGCCCCGGCGCGUUCGAUUUCACGCAGCACGACGGCAACGAAAACACUACGUCGCCAGUCUGGAAGGUCGUCUCGCGCCUUCUUAAGAACGCCACGCCUGAGCAGCGAGCGUGCCACGACCCCAAACCGAUCCUCCUAGAUGUUGGUGAGGUGCACAGCCCGUACGACUGGACGCCCAACAUCGUCGACGUGCAGGCAUUCCGCGUCGGCCAACUCUUCAUCAUCGUCAGCCCCGGCGAAGCGACCACUAUGUCCGGCCGGCGAUGGAAGAAUACCGUAGCGGACGCCUCAGCAACCCUGUUCCGUGACGAACGCCGUCAAACCCCCGAAUCGGCCGACCCUAGCCCUGCCCCCGUCGUUGUCCUAGGCGGCCCGGCGAACAGCUACACGCACUACAUCACUACCGAAGAAGAGUACGGCAUCCAGCGCUACGAGGGGGCGUCGACGCUAUACGGCCCGCACACGCUGGCGGCGUACAUCAACGUGACGCUAUCGUUCUUAUCCUACCUGGGCGCCGACGCGCCGCCGCCGCCGCCGCACGACGACGUGGGCCUGUUCCCGCCGGACAACUCGAACCGGUCGCUGUCGUUCAUCUCGCCCGUCGUGCUGGACGGUACGCCGCUGUUCAAGGGGUUUGGCGAUGUGGUCACCGACGUGAAUAGGGUUUAUCGGAGGGGCCAGCAGCCGCCGGUGAGCGCGGUGUUCGUGGGCGCGAACCCGAGAAAUAACCUGCGCCUGGAGGGCACGUUUGCCGCAGUGGAGAAGCUGAGUCUGCUUAAUAAUGGAAGGGGGGGGGAGGAGGCGUCGGUGUGGAAGAGGGUGAGGGAUGAUGGGGACUGGGCUUUGGUGUUCCACUGGCGGAGGACGAACGAGAUCCUGGGCACGAGCGAGGUCGAGAUUGUGUGGGAGCCCGAGGACUGGGCGGAGCAGGGGGUGUAUCGGAUCCGGUAUUAUGGGGAUUCGAAGAGUCUGGGCGGGAAUAUUGUGGCUUUUGAGGGCGUGAGUUCGCCGUUUACUUUGAUGUAA